CUCAGUCGGUUGCGCCGCCGCGUAGGGUCAGUUGCACCUUCUCGAUCACAGGUGGCCGUGGGAGCCGGGCGGGACCUCGGCGAUGAUCCGGCAUUAAGGACCUGGGCUCUCAAUCUCAGGUGGUUUGAGGAAAGUAUAGGGGCAGCCAAAGAUUAUCUGCUUGACUAGGCCUCUUGCCCUGAACCUCAUGAAGAAAUGAUAGGAGGCAGACAUAUGUGCCUAAGAAGAGCACUGAGCUCAGUGGAGAGCAACACGGAGAUUUGGGGGUGUGCUUUGAUUUGUGUACAUCAAUGGCAGAAUCCUCCAGUGAUUCAGACCACUUCCGCUCUCAUGACCGGUUGAGUCGAUGGGCUGCCAGGUCAAUACACAGGGAAAUUGGAAAUCGUCCUACAGUCGAUGUCACCAAGAAGGUCAACACUAUAACGAGUACUUUACAGGACACCAGUCGAAACCUGCGACAAGUAGACCAGAUGCUUGGACAGUAUCGAGACUAUAGUAACGGACAGGCAGGUGCUAUAGUACACUUAAAAGAAAGCUUGGAACAAUCAAUAGGCCAACUACGGAGUCAACGUUUAUUGAGAAACUCAGGAGGGAGAAGUAUUUCUGUUACAAGUCUGAGUGCAAGUGACCUUGAUGGUGGCACUGUGUCAGAAAGCCACCGUUUUCCACCUACCUCACCUCUCAAGGACUAUGGGGAUCAACAGGGUAGUAAACGAAUUAGAUCCAGAGCUGGUGUCCGAUUUGUUCGGGAGACUGAGAACGUGGGCCAGAUUCAUGCUUUUCAUCAGUCCCUCCGAGACCUCAGCAGUGAACAAGUUCGCCUUGGAGAUGAUUUCAACCGGGAGCUUGCCAGAAGAUGCAGGUCGGAUGCUGAAACAAAAAGGGCUUUGGAAAGAUUGACCGAAAAACUGAGCGAAACCCAAAAACAAGAAGUGGUUUCAGAUCGGGUGGAGCGACGGCUGCAGGAAAUAGAAAGGGAGAUGCGCACAGAAAGAGAACUGGUGGAAAGACGCCAGGACCAAUUGGGACUUAUUUCUUUGCAGCUACAAGAGGCAUUGAAGAAACAAGAAGCUAAAACAGAUGAUGAGGGAGUAAUGCAAAACAAGCUAAGACAAACUGAAACUGAGAAGAACCAACUUGAACAGGAAUUGGAGCUGUCUCGAAGGUUACUAAAUCAGUCAGAAGGCAGCAGAGAAACACUUUUGCAUCAGGUGGAAGAACUCCGUACACAACUUAUGAAAGCAGAAGGUGAUCGAAAGGGUUUACAACAUCAAGUUUCUCAGAUUUCCAACCAACAGUUAAACCAUCAGGAUGAACAAGGAGAUGACCGGAGAUUUAGGAGAGGCGUUGAGCGAGAAAAAGUGGAUCUGGAGAAGCAGAUGUCAGAGCUGAGAGUCCAGCUGAGCUUUAGCGCCAUGGCCUCUGAGCUGGAAGAAGUGAAGCGGUGCAUGGAGCGGAAAGACCAGGAGAAAGCACAUUUGGCAGCACAAGUGGAGAAUUUAACACGUGAAUUGGACAACAAGGAAAAGCAGCAAAUACAGAUGUUGAAUCAACUUAAGGAGAUCCAGAAUCACUUUGAGACAUGUGAUGCCAAGCGCAAGCAAGCUGACCACCAGAUCUCCGAAUUGACGCACCAUGCUGAGGAUGCAACCAAGCAGGCUGAGCAGUACCUCCUGGAGUUCCAGCAGUCAGAGGCCCUGAGGCAGGAGGCAGAAAAGAGGAGAGAGGAGCUGAAACUGAAAGCUCAGGAGUCCAUUAGGCAGUGGAAGCUGAAGCAUAAGAAGUUAGAGCGAGCAAUGGAGAAACAAUCUGAAACUCUGGAUCAACUGACCGACAAGAAUAAUCAGAUCCUAAAAGAAAAGGAUGAAUUGAAAAGCCAGCUUUAUGUGGCAUUACAACAAAUAGAGAACCUUCGAAAGGAAUUGAACGAGGUCCUAACCAAGCGGGCCCUUCAGGAGGAGGAGCUUCAUUGUAAGGAGCAGAAGCUAAGUGACGUGAAGGCUCAUCAAGCUGACCUUGAACUAGAAGUCAAGGAUUCCCUGGACACCAUCCAUAGGCUAGACUCUGAAAUCCAAAAGCAGAAUAAGGUUCAGAGCCAACUGAAAGUGGAGAAAGCUCACUUGGAGGAAGAAAUUGCAGAACUAAAGAAGAGCCAGGCCAAGGACAAAGCUCAGCUUCUGGAGAUGCAAGAGGCCAUCAAGAACUUGAGUGCCAUCCGGGCAGACCUGGCUAAUAAAUUGGCUGAGGAACAGAGAGCCAGGAAGGAAGUGCUUAAGAACCUUUCUGACCUCAAGACACAGGCGGAAUCUAGAGAUGAAGAAACGGCUACAAUCAUCACCCAGUUAAAGCUGGAACGCGAUGUGCACCAGAGGGAGCUGGCAGAUCUCACGUCCUCACUGCAGAGUGUGAGAACUAAACACGAACAAAAUGUCCAGGAGCUCAUGAAGCACUUCAAGAAAGAGAAGAGUGAAGCCGAGAAUCAUAUCAGGACACUUAAGGCAGAAAGCUUAGAAGAUAAGAAUAUCGCCAAAGUCCAUCUUUGUCAACUAGAGAAGUUAAAAUUACAGUGUGACAGGUUGACAGAGGAAUUAAACCAGAAUGAAAAUGAGAACAAAAAACUAAAGCUAAAAUAUCAGAGUUUGAAGGAUAACCUAGAAGAAAAGGAGAAACAUAUAAGCAAUGAAGAAGAGCACUUAAGGAGGAUGGAAGAGGCCAGAUUGCAGCUCAAGGAUCAACUUCUUUGCCUGGAGACUGAACAAGAAUCCAUUCUUGGUGUGAUAGGAAAGGAAAUUGAUGCAGCUUGUAAAACCUUCUCCAGGGACUCGAUGGAGAAAUUCAAAUUUUUUUCAUCUGGUCCUGACAUUAAUUAUGACCCACAUCGCUGGUUAGCAGAAAGCAAGACUAAACUUCAAUGGCUCUGUGAGGAACUGAAGGAGAGAGAAAACAGGGAGAAAAGUCUGCGGCACGAGCUAAUGCUGUGCAAACAGCAGCUGAGGAAUAUGACUGAGAACAAGGAAUCCGAGCUCCAGUGUCUCCUGGAACAGAUAGAAAGGCAGGAGCUGCUUCUGGAAGAAAUACACCAAGAGAAGAGAGAUCUGCUGGAGGAGUCCCACAGAAAAGAUGAAGAAAUGGAAUCUCUACAGCCAAAGCUACAGUUUAAAAUUCCACCUUGGGAGGAUGCUAGUCAGACUGCAAUGAGAAAUCACAAGGAAGCUCAAUUGGAAGAAAAAGCAGACCGUGUAAAUGUGUUAGAAACGAGUACCCGCGUGGCCUUAGACCAUCUGGAGUCUGUGCCUGAGAAACUGAGCCUACUAGAAGGUUUCAAGGACUUCAGAGAUUCCCACAGUUUAUCCGAGAGAACCGAUGGGAGGUACUCCAAAUACAGAGUUCCCCGAGAGUCUCUUCAGCAGCACCGAGACGAGCCCAAGUACAGAAUCAGAAGCUUCAAAGAUGACCGAACCUUCGCCGAAAGUGCCCAUGCUCAUGGGCUAGAUCACUCACCUUCUUGGCAGGACCACAGUCGCUUCCUGUCUGCUCCACGGUUCUCACACUCGGCCUCAUUUACCAAAAGAACUUUUGCUCCCGAUUCAACUUCAACCAAGGAAGAUGCCACAGGUUUACCAAUGGAUGGAACAAGUCCACAAUCCAAAAAGCAGGAAUAUGAAAGCAAAAACAGCAAAAUGUGCCGCCAGUCUCAUUUUUCCAACCAAAAUUUGAGUUUAUAAUUGAGGUCUUUCAACAAUGACUAGCUAAAAAGGAGGGAAAUGAGUUCCCCUGGAGGCAGAAGUUGCCAGCACUUCAGAUUCAGGGAGCAUUUAUAUACAACUGAUUUUUUAAAAAGUGCUUUCUCCCUAAUAAAUUAUCAUGUGUUAUAA